AUGAAAUGGAAAAUCUUGAGCAUUCCCAAGUCAAGCAAAACCCUCUGGUCUCCACCUCCCUGUGUCUUUUUAUCUCCCCUUCCCACCAAGAUGACUCAAGAGAGGAGCGGGAGUGUGCAGGGGGCGUAGCCAAGGAGGAAGAGGAGGUCUAAGCUGGUGCUUUUUUGGCAGUUGCAGGUUACCUAACACUGCAGCCACAGGCUCUUACUAAAGCACGAAAUUUCCAAUUCUGCUCCUUCAAAGAAAAGUAAGAUUUUCCCAAUGGAUUCUCUAACAACAUCAAACAAUCAGUUUGCUCUUGAGUUUAGCAAAAUGCUAGCUGAGUCAGCCAGAGACGAAAACAUCGUGUUUGCCCCCUGGAAUAUUUCUACUGCUUUGUUCAUGAUCUUUAUGGGUGCCAGAGAUAAUACUGCAACUCAAAUAGAACAAGUGCUUCAACUUAACAAAGUCACAGGAGCUGAAACAACCAGUGCUCGCUUUGAGAAGAAAAGGAAGACGGAACUUAGCCCAAACAAGGCAGAAGGUGUACUUUCCGAUUUCCAGGCACUCAUCUCAGAAAUCAACAAGCCCAACAAUUCCUACUUGCUGAAGACCGCCAACAGGUUAUAUGGGGAAAAAACCUACCCCUUUCAUGGGGAAUACCUGGAAAACAUGAAAAAAUACUUUGGUGCAGAGCCACAAUCUGUUAACUUUUUGGAAACUGCAGACCAAAUCAGGACAAAAAUCAAUUCCUGGGUAGAAAACGAGACUGAGGGCAAAAUUGUGAAGCUUCUGCCAGAUGAUUCUAUUGAUUCCAUGACCAGAUUGGUUCUAGUGAAUGCCAUGUAUUUUAAAGGAAAAUGGAAAGAGCAAUUCAAUCCUGAAGAUACAACAGAAAAACCUUUCAGAGUAAACCAGACAACAACGAAACCAGUGAAAAUGAUGUCACUGAAAUGCAAUCUUCAAAUAUUUCACAUAGAAAAGCCAGAAGCCAAAGGCAUUCAGCUUUAUUAUGGCAACGGUGAUGUGAGCAUGAUCAUAGUUCUACCAGAUGACGUCAAUGGCCUGAAAGAGCUGGAAAAGACAAUCACUUAUGGGAAGUUGAGUGAUUGGACUCAUGAAGACAUGAUGGAGCUGUAUGAUGUGCAGCUGUACCUCCCCAGAUUCAAGCUGGACAAGAGCUAUGACCUCAAGUCGACCUUGAUCAGCAUGGGGAUGAGUGAUGCCUUCAGCACAAGCCAUGCUGACUUUUCAGGCAUGACUGAGAGAAAAAAUCUAUUCUUGUCAGAAGUUUUCCAUAAAUCUUCUAUUGAAGUCAAUGAAGAAGGUACAGAGGCAGCAGCAAGCACUGCAGAUGAGUUGUCACUUCGUAUGAAACUCCCUUCCAUAACAUUCAAUGUGGAUCACCCAUUCCUAUUUUUCAUUAAGCACAAUAAAACUAACAGUAUUCUCUUCUAUGGAAGAGUCUAUUCCCCCUAGAUGUUGCCUCUCACUCACGUAGCAAAAUCAACUUCACUCAUUCAACCUGGAAAAUUCCUUGAUCACUUGGCUCUCCUUUAUGUAUCCUAGUUAAUAAAGAAGUUAUGAUAUAAAUAAUUUUGAAAUGUGGCAUGUUAUAAAAGCUGGAGCACAGUUAGUACCUGGAACUAUAAUUUAGAUUUUUAUAACUCUGGUGUUUCUUGCUGUAUUAUUAUAGCAAAUUGCAUUGUCUGUCAUUAUCUUCUUUUAGCAGUUUGCAUUACACCAUUUGGGUGACUCAGACAUUCUUGAUCUAUCUACCUGACAUUGUGGCCACUAUUUGCUGGAUCAUUUAUCCCUGUUCUGCCUGUUUAAAAAUUAUCCAUCCAUCAUUUGGACAAAGAAUUUAGAAAAAGAAUCGCCAAAGUCUUUGUCUUGUCAUAUGGGCUCAGAUAUAUCAAUUUAUUAAGUAAUUCCCCAGAGCCGAUGCCCCCAAUACUGCAAGGCAUUCAAGAAUGUUGGUUGAUUUUUCAUUAUAUGCUAUGGACAAAUUCCUUCCUUUUUGGAUGUGAGUUUUUUAAGAAAGUGCGGUGAACAAAAUGUAUGUUCUGACAUGUGAUUAACAUCUACCAAUUAAGCAAGCC